AUGAAGGAAUUUCUCUUAAUAAUGAGUCUUUAUCUGCUUGGAUCUGCCAGAGGAGCCUCGGGUAAGCCUGAUAAGACUCCUGGCUCUCUGAAUCAAGCUUCGGUUCAGCGAUUUUCAGGUGAGCACUUUUCACUUGCAAACCCUUCAGGCAAAGAAGCUUUAUAUGUGACUUCUCCAGGCAAGAUCGCUUUAAGUGAGCGCCCUUUAGAUGAGCACACUUUGGUUGGACGCGCUUUGGGCGAGCACAGUUCAGGUAAACACGCUUCAGGUGAGCCCGGUUCCGGUGAGCAUGCUGCUGGCAGUGACCAUGCUGCAGAGGAACAGCCUGUGGGAGAAAAGGCUUUCGGGGAGCAGCCUUCCGGGGAGCAGCCUUCCGGGGAGCAGCCUUCCGGGGAGCAGCCUUCGGGCGGAAAGCCAUUGGGUGAACAGUCUUUGGAUGAAAAGCCUUCGGGUGAACAGGUUUCGGGUGAAGAUGACGCAGGUGAACCAGUUUCAGGGGAACAGGCUUCAGGUGAACAGGACUCAGGUGAAAAGCGAAUGGAUGAACCGCCUUCGGAGAGUCCAGUGCCCAAUACAUCUUCAGACUCAGUUUUAAAAUGCCUCACGUGCUCUUAUAUGAAUGAUCAAGGAAAAUGUCUUCGUGGAGAAGGAGUCUGCACCACUCAGAAGUCCCAGCAGUGCAUGUUGAAGAAGAUCUUUGAAGGUGGAAAACUGCAGUUCAUGGUUCAGGGCUGUGAGAACAUGUGCCCAUCCAUGAACCUCUUCUCCCACGGAACUAGGAUGCACAUUAUAUGCUGUAAGAAUCAGUCUUUCUGCAACAAGAUCUAG